CAUUAAUUUUGCAAAUUUUGCAUUUUUGCAAAGAUAACCAGCAAGAAAAAGGUAUGAUACAUGUAGAUAUUUCGCUCGCAUUGUUGUAUUUUAAUAUACACGUUAUAAAUGUUCAGCUCUUGCCGUUGAAAAAUCGUGGGUACGUCACUGACGGCAAAUACGCUAAUUUAAAUUAUUAAAUUUAGCUCCCGCACGGCUUCGGUCAACUAGAGAACGUUAGUUGUACCCGCCACCCGGUGUUAAUCAAUCGUCGUGUUUGUGGAGGAAUGAUAAUAACUGCAGCCGAACGCGCGAUUCGUCGAUUGACGUUAUCGAGGUUAAUGUGUUUUAUUUCCCAGACCGUUGACCCCUUUUAUUAUAAACUACCCUGCACUCGUACUACCCCCUAUCCCCUCACCAGUAAUGAUAUUAUAAUAUUAUUAUUGUCGUGUCGCCCAGACGACAAUAAGUGCGCAAAAUAAGUGUUGUGUACACGAUAGGUGGAUACACUCCUCCGUGAAACCUUCACUCUGUCGUCCUCGUCGCAUCGUCCUGGUUUUGCGGUUUGUUUAUACUUUUAUGGAUUUUGUUUUCGGCCGUUCGCUCUUCAUACCGCCGCAGCCGUAGUCGACCGUUUCAGUUUUCAAUAUCCGUCACAAACGCCAGCCACCCAGUCGACUGCGCUACGGCAAUGAUCAGCUGUACACGACGCUUGCGACAUUAGCCACUGUAAAUAUUUCCAUCGUUAAAGUAUGAUAUCCGUUGGGACGAAAUCAAAGAUGGCCAGCAAGCGGACAACAGCCACUACCUCCGCCGCCGAGCACGACGUUUGUGAGUCCCCCGGAUUAAAUAAAUAAUAAUGUAGUCUUAAUACCUCCAGUAGGUAAAUAGGUGCCCGCGUAGGUAAUUUUCAUAAAAAAUAACUUUGGGUUUUUUGUGCAUCUAACUAAUAGGCACUCUGUAUAGUAAUAAUUAGUUUACAGCGGACUUGUUGACCUAUGCAACUGGUAUAGGUGACAAAUUAAUAUAAUUUCAUAUUAUCCAAAAACAAGAUGUAUGGACACAGAAUUUGUUUAAAAAAACCUUGCCUUUUAAAUAUUAUAUUUUGUUACAAUUGGCAACCUCUGUUUUUAUUUUUAUUUGAUCAGAUAGGUACAUAAGUCAUUUCUAUAUUAUCUUGUACCUACUCCAAUUACCUUUAGAUAAUAUUACAAAUGAAAAAUGUUAUCUGUUAAAUUUUACUUAACAAUCGAAAUCAAAAUUGUAGAAUAUCUGUUGGUGAUUAUAACAUUUGUUUACAUUUAAGAAAAAUGCACGAUGAACUCUCUAGAGUCACUUCUGGUAAACAACUUGUUUUUGAAAGCAGAAAAAAAUGUAUAGUAUGUAUAUAGCCGUAUAGGUAGGGAUGGCCGAGAUACUUAAAAGUUAAUACUUAUCUAGAUACUCGAUACACUGACUUUCAGUAUCCAAAACAUGACAUUAGACACUAAUGUUACAAGUAUUUCAAUACAAGAUACUUGAUAUCUAUACUUAUAUUUUAUGUAGGUAGGUACUUAAAUAAUCAAUACAUUUACAAAUUUAUAUUUUUGUUCAUUGCCGAAAUGAUUUAAAACGAAUGAAUUAAAUGAAUUAUUUAAUAAAUAUGAUAAUAAUUAAUAUAAUAUCAUUAUGUUUAAUAUUAAUUGUUAGGUACUUAUUAUAUUAUAAACUUUUUAAAAAUUUUUAUAUGAAUACGACAAUUUGAUGUUGAUGUUAAUUUAUGAAAUACUUGAUACAUAGACUUUUAAAGUAUCGCUAUACAAGAUACUCAAUAAUUUCUAGGACUAUAUUGUUAUACAACAUACAAUUGUAUUUAAGAUACUUAUAACAAAGAUACUGCCCAUCCUUACAUAUAAUAUGUACAUGUAAACAAUAAAUAUAUUUUCUAGAGAGGCUAUGUGCUCCUUAAAUCCCAUUCAAACUACACUUAUGUUAUGUUAUAUUGAUUUGAUUGCAAUUUUACCUUUUGUCAGAUGCAAAUAUAAUAUUAAAUAUAAGUAUUCAUAUAUUUUAUUCUGUUUACUAAAAAAAUUGAUUAAAUACAAUCGUAUAUUAAUAAAAAAUUGCAUAGACUUGUUUUUAAAAUGUAUAUAUAAAUAUGGAUUUAUUAUAUUAACCCUAAAAAUUAAUAUUACUUUUAUUAUAUGUUUUUGUUAAACAGCAGAGCAAAUCUCUGAGCAAAUUUUACAUAAAAAAACUACAAUAUCACCUGAAGAUGUAUUAAAAUUACCUAAUAUUACCAAAGGUUAGUGUAUAACUUUAAUUUAUAAUGUAUCAACUAGAUAAUAUUUUCAUAAAUUGAAUUUUGUUAUAGGAUAUUUGUGUACUCCAGAUGCAAAUGUGUACAAUAUUGAUUUUAUUCGUUUUAAAAUACGUGAUCUUGAUACAGGCGUGGUUUUGUUUGAAAUUGCCAAGCCUUCUGUAAUACUAGGUAUGAUUUUAUUAUUAGUAUUAUAAUUUCAUUUAAACAUAUUUAUUGAGUUAAAUAAAUAACGUAAUCAUAUUUUUUAGAUGACAAUCAAACUGAAGGAAAAGUAGAAGAGACAGAUUUAAAUAGUGGCCGAUUUGUUCGCUAUCAAUUUACUCCUAAGUUUCUUAAACUGAAGUUGGUUGGAGCAACGUAAGAAUUUUAAUAAAUAUUUUUAUGUUUCAUUUUGUGCCAGUGUACACCAUAUAAGGCAAAACAGUACAGUAAUCCCCCCUCCCUUAAUUUUAACUGACUGCUAUUUAAAUCUAUUUUAAUCUUAUAAAGCUGUAUAUGUAUGAGUAAAAUUAUAAGUUAUAUUUUCAAUUUACUUAAUAUUUUAAUUUCAAUAUAAUUAUACAGAGUGGAGUUUACUGUAGGAAGCAAACCAGUGAAUAAGUUUCGAAUGAUUGAGCGUCAUUAUUUCCGUAACAAAUUAUUAAAGACAUUCGAUUUUGAAUUUGGAUUUUGCAUACCCCAUAGCAAAAAUACAUGUGAACACAUUUAUAAGUUCCCAAAUUUGGAUCCUGAAAUGAGUAAGUUAUGAUUAAAUAUAAAUAAAUGUUUGAACCUUAUAAUGUAUAAAAUAUUAAAAUUUACAGUUAAAGAAAUGAUCCAAAACCCGUUUGAAACAAAAUCAGACAGUUUCUAUUUUGUUGAAGAUCAACUCAUCAUGCACAACAAAGCUGAAUAUGCAUAUAACGGUGGAGUUUAGGCAAUACUCGGAUGGUUUCUUUACUUGUAUAGAGCUCUGUAGUUAAAAUAUCACUAUUUAUGUUUUUCAUUCCAAAUGUCAACGACUUGAUUGUAUAUCACAUUGUGUGGUCACAUUUGUCUCAUUUUAGGGUGCAAAGUUGCUUUGCAUUCCAAUAUUUUGCUACUCUUUUAUUAAGAACUUAAAAAUCACCGUAUUAUACAUCUUAGUAUUAUAAUACAUCACUAUUUUUUUGUGUUAUAAUUUACAUUAGUUCUUAUUAUACAGUUGUUAUGAAUUUUAUUAUGUUCUAUCAGUAUAGAUUUUUGAAAUUUUUAUGUUUAAAAAUAAAAAUAGGUUAUAUAUUACAUAAUAAAAAUAACAUGGUACGGUGGCAAUGGACUGAAAGAACUAAUGAAAACACUUUGGGGACCACUGCUAUAAUGCAAAAAGUAUCUCACUGAAAUUUUAAUUUUGUUCGUGAACAACAAUUUAGAUUUUACAUUUGUAUCAAAAAUUAAAAAUUUGUCAAAGUAUAGUUUAACCCAUUUCUUGUUGUAUGUAUUACAUUUCCAGUUUGUUGUUCUAUCUACACCUGAAGAAGACUGUAGUGACUAUUCGGCUAUAAAAUUCAUUAUAUUUAAAUCACUUUUUGCAUUACUGUGACAAUAUUUAGUUCAGUGAUAGAAUAGUAUGGCCAUCAUACCAUGUUAUUUCUUUGAUGAGUUUAAAUUAAUUUGGCUGUAAGGGUAAUAUUUGCCUUAUGUAUUUAUCAACUAAAAAAUAUAUUUAAAAGAAUAAAAUACAUUUUUUAUUUAUUGGGUCUCUUAGUUUAUGAAUGUUUAAGUUUUUUUCAUACACAUUUUAUAAAAUGUUUGAAUUUGUUUUUCUUCUUGUCUAAGUUAACUCAAGCAAUAUUAAUUUAAUUACCUAUGAAACUAUAUUUAUAUUAUGUAAGAUGUAAUUGCUUUGGAAAUGACACAAUUAUUAUAAUAUUUGACCUUGUAUUCUUAAUUAAAUAUUGUAUGUUCUAUUUGUUUUGUGAUAUCCAAAAAAACUAUUUACCUAUUUAACAUAAAAGUAAAAUACAUUUAAU